GCCUGAGAUGGACGUAGCAGAGUCUAAAUUUUGGGUUGGGGGCAAGUGUGAGAUAAAAUAUGCAUGGAUGAAUAUGUAUGUGGUGCCGCAAUACUGUAUCAACGCUGCUGUGUGAUCGUACACGCCCGCUAGGUGUACGCUGUAAUGUCAAGGCGCUGUCAACGCCGUCGCUGUGCCACGCAAAAAUGAACUCUACCUUUUUGCCUUUCUUCGCUCGGCAAGUAAGUGUUGGAAAUUCUGAGGGGCUGAUGUGAGCAAUCCCAAAACUGGACAGUCUUUAUC